UUUCGCGGAGUGAGCGCAUUCAGGAAGUGAACCUGUGCCUCGAAUUUCGAUUAAAAUAGGAAAUAUUUGAAAUCGAAAAUGGAAAAAUAUAUUUAUCCCGCGGUACUGGUGAUUUUCUCGUUGUAUCCAUUGACAUCUGCGUUUGAUAUACAAAUUAAAUUCGUUCGAACGGACGAGGAAGCGGGUGGAGAUAAGUUUUAUGCUUUGGACUUUAUUGGUUUGACUGAUAAAGCUGGGUACAAGUCAGAGUGGCACAAUGUCACCACCAAGGAUGGGUACAUCCUCUCGUUAUUCCGAGUCCCACCGAAUCCUGCCAAAAAUAAUACCCAAAAUAAAGGCCCAUUUUAUCUCCAAGCUGCUUUAGGUGGGACUGGCGAUCUUUGGGUUCUAUUUGGUCAGAACAGAAGUCUGGUUUAUUCUCUAUCUGAUGCUGGCUAUGAUGUGUGGAUCGGUAAUUUACGGGGAACUUACUACAGUCGUGGACACACCAACAUGUCAGCGCACGAUAAAAAAUAUUGGGACUUCAGUUUGGACGAAUACGCACUUCAAGAUCUACCAGCAUUUUUCGAUUACAUUAUCAAUGCCACAGGCCAACCACAACUGUCCUACGUCGGUCACUCUCUUGGCUCCACCAUAAUUCUUAUGCUACUGUCUGAUAAACCAGAAUAUAAUUCAAAAUUAUCAGUAGUGAUUCAUUUUGGCACAGUGUAUGAAUUCAAGCGAUGGGACAUUACGAGAAUUUAUCUAUAUCUUCUUACUGAAUUUUUUAAGAUCAUCGUUCCAGGUGGACUAGUUAAAUAUCCAAUCCAGAAUAAACUUGUGCCCGCAUUUAUUUAUUAUUUCUGCUUAAUUAAUAUUAUAACGAAGAGAUUGUGUGGAUAUCCGUUCGAGCUAGCAUUGGGUGCGGAUCGAGAGGAAUUUGAUGUGAGUGAAGAGUUUGUAACGCUUAUGUGCCAUUAUCCUGCGGGGACUUCUUCAAAGGUAUUCCAGCAUUACGGGCAACUAAUCCGUUCAGGAAAAUUCGAACAUUUCCAAUAUUCGAAGAGAACACGAAAUCGUGAGGUUUACGGGGAAGAUCAAGCUCCGGAGUACAAUGUCACUAAUAUCAAAGCACCGACAAUUAUUUUCCAAGGCCAGAACGACCCCAUCGCCAAUUCAAAAAAUGUUAACAAUUUAAUAGACGAUCUCUCUUCCGAUAUUGAACUGAAUCAUCAAGUUAUCGGAUAUGAUAAAUUCGAUCAUAAGGAUUUCGUUGUUGCUAAAGAUGUUGUGAAUUUCCUUUAUAAACCUAUGUUGAAAAUCCUCGAAAAGUUUCCCAAGUCCAAGAGAUUGGGUAAUAAUUGAUUGUGUAUUAUCUCCAGAAAUUCAAACAAUUCAGUAAUUAUUCCGCGAGGAGAAGGAAAUUCAAAUGAUAUUGUAUUUAUUGUUAAUUACAGUGGAACGGCUUUCAAAUUUUAUUUACCUCGAGUCUCUAAUUUAUUUAAAGAUUGAAUAUUCAAAGUAACAAAUAUCUUUAUUCUGUAUUUGAAUAAUAUUGAAAUUUUUGUGGCCGAUUUCACUUCGAUGUUAAUUCUUAAUUCUUGUAAUUAACUAAUAAAAUAUUUUAGUCAUUGG